AGUUGUUUGGUUCCAUAUGGUAAAGAUGGCUCUCAAACUCGCAGUUUACUGCGGUCUAGCUGCGAUUGCAGUACUGAAUUCCGUUCCAUCGACGGGGGCAACAUUUGACGUGAUAUAUGAUUUGAUUGAAUCGCUGUUCGGAGAGAGCAGUGAGGAGAUUAGCGACACGAUAAUCAAUACCAAACCGAACGCAACCGUGAUGGUAGUCUGCACAAUGGCCUGUAAUCUGAAUGUUAUGUGUAUUAAUUGUACAAAAAUCAACGGGGAAGUUAUGACACCUCCCAUGACGUCCAUGACAACGGCUCCACCUACCACCGCCGGGAUGGUGAAUGCCUCGACACAAGCGUCACCGACUACGAUGCCACCGAAUACUACAGCAGGUGGCGGUGGGAUAGUGAAUGCAACGGCACAAGUGCCACCGACUACGUUGGCUACUCCAGGUGGCGGUGGCGGUGGCAAUACCGGUGGUGGUGGCGGUGGCAAUACCGGUGGCGGUGGCGGUGGCAAUACCGGUGGCGGUGGCAAUACCGGUGGCGGUGGCGGUGGCAAUACCGGUGGCGGUUAA